AUGUCCGGAGACGCGCCGGGUCAUUGGCUGGGCGCCUACAUGGAGAGAUAUGGCCAGCUGCCCACGGCUGAUCAGCUUUGUGCCUUUGCACGGCACCAGGGGGGGCGCGUGGUGUACAGACUCGCGAGCUCCCUCCUGGCAAAAGGUGAGGCGGAGUUGGAGAGAACUCUGACCAGGGCCAGCAGCUGGUCCGUGAAGCUCGAAGACCGGGCCGGCUUGGAGAGGUGGACCGUACCAGUUCUGCAGCGAUUCAAGUCCGAGAAGUGCGAAAGGAACCCGCGGCCUCAUGAGCCGAAGGUCGCAGCGUGCAGAACAAGAGUGUCCAGAAGCCUUGUGAGGCAAGUCCUGGCGAUGUCUUACCGCAGGUUUGCAGAGAAGGAGGCGAAGGCCAAGACCGUUGAGAGCUUCGGGAUGAGUGCGGACCACUCGCUCCGCGACGCCAUGGAGAGAUGUUCGGUAUGCCUGGAGCAUCGCAGUUGCUUCCGUGCGACCGGUGAUUGCGAGGACCGGGCCUGCCCGGGCUGGUUUUGCCAGGCCUGCUUCCAGAAGCACGUGGCCACGGUGAUCGAAGGCACGCGCUUCUCGGUGCCUGUGGUGAAGUGCCCGGGCUGCUUUGGCUUUGUGUCCCCCUCUUGCUGGCAGCGAUUGGUGGGUGAAGACCUCAAGGAGAUGUGGGCCGACAAUGCCAAAGACCUGCUUUCCCUACGCUGCGGAGAGUGUGAUGACCCGGGCACAUUGCUCGAGCCGGGGAUAGAGGAGGCAGCGUUCUCGCGGGGGGAAGCCCUGGAGCUUGCCUUUUCAACGGUGAGCCAAGCUGAUUCUGUGGAACUUGCGAGCCAGUGGGACAGAUUCGCGAAAGGCGAGGAAAGUGCAGGGGCCAUAUUGGCCACCCUGGUGAAUGUUUGGUGCCCAGAUGAAGCAGAUCACCCGCCCAUAAGCUUCUUCAAGAGCUUUGGCGCGGCAAUGAGUUUGGUGGAGGAUCCUGGACUCCGUGCAGUCAUACAGUUGGCAGCACUGCGGCGCUUUCCAAAGACGGUGACCAAAUGUUGCGAAGCAGAGCAUUGUUUCAAGUGCAAAGUCGCAACCCACCACGAAGGCUUGACCUGUGAAGAGGUGCAGGAGAGGUUGAUGCCAGAAGACGUGCAGUUUUGCCCAAGCUGCGGGGUGGCAACGAUCAAGUCAGAAGGCUGCAAUCACAUAAUCUGCCUUUGUGGACAAGACUGGACCUGGGAAGGAGAAGAGGUUUGGGCAGCAGAAUGGAAUGAGUAA